UGCCCUCUGAGGAACUAAACCAAUCUUCGUAAACCGAGUAGGAAAUGCUGGUUGAUUUUAACCCAUUUCGAAAUCAAGUUGUAGUGUUAUUGGAGGAUUUCAACAGCUACAAUCUGUCACUUUCAACAGAAACAACAAAGAAAUAAAAAACAACAUGGCAGAACGAGUUAUACCCCAUCGGAGGAUGUCCAGAGAAGGGGUCAGUUUAUACAUGCUGAUGGAGCUGGAAAAAGGCGCAACAGCAGAGCAGAUCAAAAAGGCGUACAGGAAACUGGCACUUAGAUAUCACCCUGAUAAGAAUCCAAAUAACCCAGAGGCUGCCGAGAAGUUCAAGGAGAUCAACAACGCCAACACUAUCCUCAAUGAUGACACCAAGAGGAAGAUCUAUGACGAGUAUGGCUCUAUGGGCCUCAACAUUGCAGAACAGUUUGGAGACGGGAGUGUCAAAUACUAUUUCCUCAUGUCCAAAUGUUGGUUCAAGACCCUGAUGUAUUGCUGCUGUUUCUUCACCGGCUGUUGUUGCUGCUGCUGCUGUUGCUUCUGCUGCUUCGGCUGUGGGCGGGGCAACCCCAACGAGGAGGACUACGGCAACAUAGAUCCAGAUGAGCUGGAAGCCCAGAUACGAGCUGAGCAGGAGCGAGCUGGUGACACUAUUAUAGUCGCUCAACCGAGCCCUAGCGAAGCCACUGUGUCGGGUGAAACUGUGAUAGUCAUUCAGCCAGGCCCUAAUGAGGGCACUGUGUCAGGUGAAAAUGAGCCUAUUGUGAUCCAGCCCCAUAUGGACAUCAUGGACUAGGACCUCAACAUGCCACAGUAGCUUUACUAUCUCUUCCCAUGUUUGUGUGUUUUUUAACCAUGUCAGGAGUUGCAAUGAUGUCUGUCCCAAAGAUCACAUGAGGUUGAAAUUAGUUGUGAAUGUAUUAUUAUAAUAUUUUUUUAAGGGAAUUUGUUUACAGGAAUCAUUCUUUCUGAUUGUGUUAUCCUUUUAAUGUUGCUAAUCUAAUUUGACGCCGAGGGGAUUAUCUUUGCAUUGAAUGGAAAUGUAUAUCAAAGUAGUUUCAUUGCACACUUGUGAAUAAGUGGGUUUGGGACUGAAAGUGAACCAUGCCUUUUGAAUAGAUUGUAAAUGUGUGUGCACUAAAGUUCAUAAGAUUCUGUGUUUCCACUUUAGAGAUGUAAAAAAUCGCAAUUGACCGCAAGUAAAAUAUUGCUUUACAAGGAGAAAUGUGAAAUAAGUACAAAUAAAUGUAUAGUGUCAAUAUCCAGAUAAAUAUAAUUUUCUGCUUACAGCCUGUGUAUAUCCAGGCUAGCUCACUUUCUGAAGACUUUCCAGGCUAAUACAUUUGAGCAAACUCAGGGUGUAACCACAAAGCCAGCAUGUCAUUUGCAUAUAUAUAAAUUAUAUUUUAAUAAUUAAAACGACUGACUUUUUGGUAAAAUAUGCACUUAGCUUGUUAUAUAAACUUGAUGAGAAAUGUCCACUGCUGUUUUCUCAUGCCAACUUUUGCCAACGUCAAACAUUACAGUGUGGUUUUGCUGAAAUCUAAAUAACGUGUGUAACAUGAUUUUCUUAUUUUCUUUCUACACUUGUUACUGUCAAAUAUAUGUAUUAUGUAUCUGUAUGUAAAAUACAAUUCCGGGAUUUCAUUAAAACGUGAUGAUACAUACUGUU